AUGGCCUCGACGAAGCCUGACCCGGCUCCGCUUUUUGCUUUCAAGGCAUCGCUGCGGCGUUCAAUUUGGGAGGAGUCGUUGAAGUGCGAGCUCAGCCAGCUGGAAAUCAAUGUUGUUGCCGACAUUGCCUCGCGCGACGCAACUGAGAAGGCCAACAAGCCUGUCGAGGCGACCAAAUCGACACCGGAUCUGGUCGAGGACAUUCUGAAAUCAGUGACUACUUGCUCGAGCGCCGCAGCACGUUCCGAAAAGAAGCUUGAUACGAUGGUCGCAAAAGAAGGCGACGCGGACAAGAAAUUGAGCUCCACUGAUGCAAUGGUCGAGACGCUGAGUCGCAAAGUGCAAGAACUCUACCAGGUUUCAAAACAACUCGAGCAACCAAUCACUUUCCGCGUGCCUGCAGGCGUCUCUGGUCUAUACAACUGUGCCCUCGCAAUGAAAGAAGGACGUCAACGGCUUUUCGAAUCCGAUGUGUCGGCUUUCCGCGAGCGUGUACUUGUUCACAAAAGCCGCAUGGAAGAACUCGACAUGCUCUUAUAUCACAAGCAGGAGGAGAUCAAUUUGCUGGACGAACAGAAAACCUUGCUGAUUCAUGACAGAGAGGAAAAGCAAUCCAUCUGCGAACAACUUGAGAACCAGCACAAUACACUAGCAGCUCGCCAGGCUUUGCUGAAGGGAGAAAACGUCGAGAAAUCUGUAAAGACUGUUUCUCUACAAGAACAACUGGAAGCUAUCGAUGCCGAUGUCGAAGAAUUCGGGGCGGAGAUGCAGGAAUUCCACGUACAGCUCAACGCUGUUGAUGAGCAGAAGCUUGAGAAGGCGGACCAAUUCGAAGCUCUCGAUUCGCAGUUCCAUGAUGCCUCCGAAUCUGUCGUUGAAAAGAAUCAACACCUUCUGAAGAUCUCCAGUGACUUGGCCGAUUGCCUUGAAAAGAUCCGGGCCGAAUCCACGCUGCUAAACGAGAAACUAUCGCAACAAAUCGCGCGUCAUUCGGCUGAAAUGCUGAUGUACACGAAUGCUCAUCAACGCGCAGCCCUGUGGAGCUCUAUCCUGGAGGGACGGCGCUCAUUGGCCGAGCAACAGGCUGCUUCAGCCGAGCUCGAUGAAAGAAGCCGUCAGGAUUCUGCGAUCAUCAGUGCCGUCAAGGCGUCGCUGGGUGCUGUGGAGGAAGCUGACCCACAAUCCACUUACGAACUUGAGACAAUGCGAGGGGAAUUGCGCAAGCUGAAGAAAGAGGUCGAUUACGCCCAGGCUGAACUAAGAUCAACCAGCGAACGUUUCAAGGGCCUCGAGGUUCAACUAAGCGAAAUCGAGGGUGAACUCAAGGCGGAAGAGCCGCGAGUCCUCGUUGAGAAGCGGAAACAGCUGGCCGCCAUGGUGACCGCAAACGAACAAAGGAAGUUUCGGGCUGCUAAACUGGCGCACGAAUUGGAAGAAGAGAUGAUGGCGAUGAGAAAUCAAGAAAAUAGCCGCGAUAAGAGUAGCAUGAGACGUGACAAGCAGCCAGCUCAACUGCCGAAAUCCGCCACAAAGCGCCAAGCAGAGAAAUACGAGAGCCCGCUGAAAAAGAGAGCGGUUGUGCCUCAAAAAUACACACCGGUCAAAUUCUCUCAGUUCCUGGAUGAAACGUUGACCACUAUGGAUCCGGACACUGAUCCCGAGGACAUCUUCGAGCCGGCUCCCAGCAAGAAGUCAAAGCCACAUAUCCAACCGAAGGCUACUAAUGUGGUGGUGCCAAAGAAGCUCGAACGCAACCGCAGCAUCAACUGCCGACCUACCGCGCAGACCAUCGUUCCACCGAAGCCCCGUCGAUUCAAUUCGGAAUCUACCGUCGCGGGACACGACGCCGAAGAUUUGGGGGGCGCCGAUUCCGAGGCGGGCAUGAUUCUGAACCAGCGCUUCAUGGAAUCGAUGCGCCACCGACGUGACCUGGCUGAUAUCUCUUUCGACAUCGCUGACGCCAUCACCAGCACGCCAAUUGCGACUAGGAAGACCGUCGCCAAGGAGCCGCCGAAAGCCUCGAAGGGCCAAAAGCCGAAGACGACUCGGGCUACCCCAUCGCGCAGGGCCUGG